ACUGCCCAGGACCUUCCUCGGCCGCAAGUGAUACACACGAACAGACCUUGUGGUUCUCCGCUCUUUCGGACGCAAGCCUGGAGCAGAUACCCGGAACGCCGUGACGCCCACUCACUCGGCGCUUGUUUAGAUCUCAAGCGUUUGCCCUCAUAGAUGCUUUAAGCCGUUCCCAACUUUCCCACCGUUCAUGGCUGUUCGGGGAACCUGUUUCUUCUUGCCCGAACGACUCCUGUCUUCUUUCACGAGCUUUGCCAGCCCAGCCGACACCUUGAGAGUCAACACCGUUGGUACUACCAUAUAAUACCUACUGCCAGUCUUGGACAUUGGAACAACAAGCAAGCUGUGCCGUAGUCGCUGCAACCUUGACAACGGCAGAAUGGCCCCCCAGAAAGUUGCCAGCGUGCGCCACAAAUCGAGGCCAUCAGCACGACUUGCUCCCUUCCGCGACGACAGCAGUCUGGUAGCGCUGCGGUACGAGCAGACAAAACAAGCAGAGCCCCCCAUUCCCCUUCCACCACCGAGAAAUCCUCGCCGCAUAAUGCAUCGCCCUGCGUCGACCAUCGCAUCGUCCUCCCCGAGUUCGCCAAUCACCAUCAACCCCCCACCUGUUCCACCGCCGCAAGAAGAGCACCCUCUGUUCCGCACCCAGCCAUCACCCCGGUCCCCAGCAGACGAGUGGAAGAGAGACUCGGGUCUGGCGCCGACAUCUUCUUCGGUUACGCUCCGAGAAGAAGGUGCUGAAGAUCCUGGGUUUCAAAAGUUCCUCGAGGUUAUCGAUGACGCGGCAUCGGUAUACUCCUCUGACGAGCAGCAGAACGGCCGAAAGGACGCGUCUCCGAUCCUAGAUAUCUUUCCCACUCCACCUCUGCGUAUCUCGAUUCCUCCUCGUCGCUCCGAGUCUGAGUGUGCGCCCCAGGACAACGGAAUUGUAUCACCUAGCCAGACCACGGCGCCGGCAUCGCCAGUGACACCAACACGUCAAACGUCUCUCACCAAGAGAAUAGGCCAAACACUAGGACUCCGCUCCAAGUCGGAAGGGUCGAAACGGUUGCUAAAAAAGAUGCUUGGCGACGACAAGGCUGCAGCUGCAACGGCCGAGGCUGGUCAUGGAACAGCCAUGCGGGGCGUGCCGGGGCCGCUAGAAUCGCCUAAACUCCCCGUGCUCCCCAGUUCUCCCACUACCCCAGCAGGGGCCCCUGUCUUGCGCGGCAGCUCUAACAGGGGAAACAUUCCUGCAACAUUAGGAUCUUCUGCAACAGCCACAACUCCCACAACCCCAACAGCUCCUACAACUCCUGCAAAUACAGGAGACACCACUUUCAUGCCUCUCGACACGCCCAUUCCCGCCGACAGCCUGUGGGACGACCUCGGUGACCUGUCCUUCUCCAAGAGAGGCAGCAUCAUGUUUGGCGGCAAAAGUGACCCAUUCAAGAUGUUGAAGGCCGCCGGCGCGACCAGCUCGGCGGCAGCUCCCGCGACAGCGACAGUAAAAGAAACCGCGACACCGCUCUCGACGACGACGACGAAAUCCCCCGACGCGGCGGCCACGACGGUAUCCAGCGACCGCCCUCCCACCGACUCGGACACGAUCACGACAACCCCUGAGAAGACACGCUCGUCGACGCACACCACCACCCUGUCGGUACCGAGCAUUCGCGUCCUGCCGGUAGAUGUAGAGAGGGAAUCACAAAAGGUGAGAUCGCUCUAUGAAUCGUCUGGCGAGGGCUGUGGCUUGAACUGGGAGGAUGGGGGGCACGUGUCGUCGUCGUCGUAUGGUUGCGGCGUCGGCAGCAACACCACCAGUGUUGUCGAUCAGCAUCAUCAGCAUCGGCGCCUCGAGCCUACAGUGGAAGUCCCAUCCGAAGAGGAAGAGAUAGCAGUUGUAUCUUCUUCUACUCCUCCCUCUUCAAGUCGGGUACCAUCAAGCGCAGCCGGUCAGCAACAGCAAGCUCAGCAACAGCAGCAAGCGCCAAGCGACCGUCUCUCAGCGCGUACUACUCCAGCGUCGAAUACACCACGGUCGGCCAGUUCCUUGUCUCCGCUACGAGAUAGCCACGCUUCUGCCGCGGUCACGAGGAGGGAAUAUGAAAGGGCGGGUGGUAUUGAGGACUGGGAGGAUGUAGGGUUUUCGGAUGUGGAUCGGUAUGGGUUCAUCAGCCAGCGCCCACCUGCAAGACCGGAAACGGCGAGGGCUGGGACCCCAGAGUUGAGGUCGGCGCAGAUGCCGCCUAGAAGGAGGAACGUGCUGACCAAGAGGCCCAUGACGGCUUAUUCCGCCACCGGGGGUGGAGGUGGUAGUUUGGGGGGUUACAUUCGACCACCAAGCAGGAAGGUUUCGACGAGGUCACUCAACACUUUUACGAGCGAAUUCUCGACUCUGUCAAGGAGAUCGACGAGGAGCUCGAUCAGAUCGGCGACGAAUCGGUUGCCGCAUAAUAGGGAUCGGAGGUGGAUGGAUGAGGCGGGGGACAUGCUUGCUUUGCAGGCGGGACUGACGGGGAUCAACACGGAUGAUCAUGGGGAUGGGGGAGGGGUGGGGUUUGCCAGCAACGUCGGGGUGAACGGGGGGAAGAACACGGAGGCACAGAAACGUAAGGAGUUGGAACGGGCCGAGAAGUGGAGGAAGAUGGCGACUGUUGUGAAUAAGAAGGCUGGGUCGUCGUCGUCGGCCUCACAGCCAAGUAGUCAGGGGCAGGGGAUGGAUUACGAAUUCGACACCAAAAACGCAAAGUUGAUUGACAGGACCUGGAAGGGCAUCCCGGACUGCUGGCGGGCGGCGGCGUGGUAUUCCUUUUUGGCCACGAGCGCCAGGCAGUGGAAGAGCACCGAGACGGACGACUACUUGAUUGCCGAAUUUACGAGGCUGCAGCACGAGAGCUCGCCGGAUGAUGUGCAGAUUGACCUGGACGUGCCGAGGACGAUUAACGGGCAUAUCAUGUUCCGCAAGCGGUAUCGUGGCGGUCAGAGGCUGCUUUUCAGGGUGCUGCAUGCCAUCUCGCUUUUUUUUCCCGAGUUGGGCUAUGUGCAGGGGAUGGCGCCCCUUGCGGCGACGCUGCUGUGUUAUUUUGACGAGGAGAGGUGUUUUGUCAUGCUGGUGAGGAUGUGGCGGUACCGCGGGCUGGAGCACCUUUACAAGCCCGGCUUUGCGGAGCUGAUGGGGGUGCUGGAGGACUUUGAGAACAGGUGGCUGGCCGGGAAGGACGUGGCGGCCAAGCUCAAGGAGCUGGCGAUUGAUGCCACGGCGUAUGGGACGAGGUGGUACCUGACGCUGUUCAACUUGAGCAUUCCGUUCCCGGCGCAGCUGAGGGUGUGGGAUGUCUUUAUGCUGCUGGGGGAGUGCCCGCCUCCAAAUUAUGAGGAGCAGCAGCAGCAGCUGGGGGAAAAGGAAAAGGGGAAGGGACCCGGGUUGGGAGCCACGGGUGUGCCAAAGGGGCUGGAUAUCCUGCAUGCCACGAGUGCGGCGCUGAUUAAUGCGUUGAGGGAUGUGUUGCUUGAUUCGGACUUUGAGAACGCGAUGAAGGCGCUGACGGCUUGGAUUCCGAUUAAGGAUGAGGAUUUGCUCAUGAAGGUUACGAGGGCCGAGUGGAGGGUUCAUCAUAAGGAGGGGGGUGGGGGGAGUAAGUGGAAGAUGUGAGGAGUUCUGUUGGAGGGCCUUUUUUUCUAUUCAUUUUCUUUUCUCUUGGGUCGUUUUUUGUUUGUUUGUUUGUUUGUUUGUUGGUUGGUGCCUGUUGCUCGAAAAGGAGAUUGACAGGACACACAGGCAUUUUUUUCUGUGCAGACAAGUUUGAUACCCCCCGUUUACUUUUUUUUUUGUUUCUCUGAUACGAGAUUUGUUUAUUCCCCCCUAUUGCGAUUUGGUUUGAGCGUUUUUGUUGUUGUUGUUGUUGUUGUUGUUGUUGUUGUUGUUGUUGUUGUUGUUGUUGUUGUUAUUGUUGUUAUUGUUGUUGUUUUUUAUUUUCGGUGUGUGGUUCUUGUCUUGUUGUUGUGGGAUAGAUUGAGGAAAGUGAGAGAUGGAUGCUUUUGAUGGAAUGUUUUCUGCCCCUAUUUCUCUUUUUAAUGUUAGCUUGACUGGUUAGUUAGCUGGUUAGGUCGUCCACGUCCUUUGACAGGACUUGUGCGUUUCUUUUGUCUUUGAACGAUGGUGUGGAUGAGUGGUGAUGAGAUGGUGAUGUUAUAACUGUUGGGGUGGGAUGGAUGGUGGAUGGGUAGGGUGAGGUUGAUGCGGUUGCCGGAAGAGAGGGUGAGAAGUAAAAGAAUGUAAAUACAUACAUACCUAUGAUACUGACACCUGAAUUUAUGGAUCAUUCGAGGUGCUGGGUCAAGUGUGUGGGUGUUGUGCGUGGUCGGUUUCUCUGAGAGAGACUGUUCACAGGUUGGUCUGCAGGGUGUCUUGUAUCUAUUGUCUAUUAUCUAGAUUCAAAUGGAGCUGUCGAACUCUUGACCAUUUGUGGUAUCGAGAAGAUGCCAUAGUUUCCUC